AUGAGACUAUCGAGGCUCCAACGGCUAGCAUGCGUCUGCAUGACGGGCGCUAUGCGAACCUGCCCAACGGCGGCGCUGGAGGUCCUGUUGGAACUCACACCGCUCCACAUAGUGAUCGGCCAAGUAGCCAAGCAUUCACUCCUGCAAAUAACGGCAGAGGGAUGCGGUAAAGGAAAAAUAAUCUCGACCCAGAGGAUGGAGGUGAUAAGUGGCGGUAAUCCAAUUGCCCUCCUCCCGAAGGACGGGAUUACAAAGACAGUUAACUUCACGAGAAAAUUCAAGGUAACCCUGGGCAGCAAGAACGAGUGGAAUGACUCCACUCUUGAGCUGUUGCUGAGGGACAGUACACUGAAGUGGUACACCGACGGCUCGAAAACGUCGGAAGGUAUUGGUGCAGGGAUCGCGGGACCACGCACAAGGCUAUCCAUACCGAUGGGCAGAUUCCCAAGUAUCUUCCAGGCCGAAGUCUUAGCAAUAAGUCGGUGUACAGAGAUAAACCUCCACCGCGGCUAUCGUAAUGAGUGGAUAACCAUACUCAGCGAUAGCCAAGCGGCACUAAAAGCGAUCUCGGCCUACGAGAUCAAAUCGCUGCUGGUGCAGGAGUGUAGAGAACGGCUAAACAGCCUAGCGGAAUUGAAUCAGGUGCACCUAGUUUGGGUACCUGGUCAUAGAGGCAUAGCCGGAAAUGAACUGGCUGACGAGCUCGCCCGCUCUGCAGCCUCCACAAGUAUGGUAGGGCCCGAACCAUUUACCGGGGUGGGCCCCCAUACGAUAAAGGAGCUGCUCCGCAAAGAGGAAAGAGAGGGCAGAGAAGGUCAUUGGCAACGGGCGCAUGGCAUGCGGCAUGCAAAGCUGCUGAUAGGGGGGUACAACCUCAAAAGGUUUAAAUCAAUAAUCAACCUCCCAAGGAUCAAGCUCAGGCUCCUGGUCGCAUUCUACACCGGCCACUGCAAGUUGAAAAGGCAUAUGUACAACUUAGGACUUGCCGCUUGCUCUAACUGCCGGUUCUGCGACAGGGAACCUGAAACCCCGGAGCACCUGCUGAUCGAUUGCAUUGCAGUCUGCAGACGCAGGUCUAAGGCCCUUGGAACUACAUUUCCGGAUAGGGAUCACAUCGACUCACUAGCUCCCAGCAAAAUGCUAAAAUUUAUCGAUUUGUUGGGGCUUGGUGAGUUCCUGUGAGUUAGGAGAGGGCACAAUAGACCCAAGGUCGCAGUGCUUACCUCUAUUAAUUAUAUUGUCUAUUGUCUACCUUAUCAAUCUUGCUUUAUUUCAGCAUCAACACUAAUAAGGAUUAUACAUAACAUAUAUACUCUAUUCAAACUCAAAUUCCAAUUGAUGUUUUCAUAUAACGGCUAACGAUUUGUAAAUUUGUAUAUGGGCAAAUCCUGCGUUACGCACGACACGUACGCGUUUUCGGAUUGAAAUAUAACAAUUUUUUGGUCUUUCAAAAGACAUACCUUCAAGUUAUACACAGUGUUUAGUGGGAUUUGAGUGUACUUUCGAAUGUCAUCAAAAUAUUUUUUGUAACAGGUUUAAGCUGCGAAAAAUUUGAUCUCAAAGUAUUGUUACGCACGCUACAAAAAAUGGAAGUAGCUUUGAAGGUUGAGGUAUGUUUUCGUAAUUUUUAGCAAAUUUGGAAUAAUAAAGCACACUAAAUGAAAUACCUUAAAGAAAGAUGAAUAUAAGAGAAUUCUAAAAUAACUUACUUGCAGCCAACAAAUUUUGUAGUUUUUUAUCAAUGGCCGUGAACCCAACGUUACGCACGCUACGUUACGCACGCUAUAUUUUUUCCAGUAGUAUAUAAAUAAAAACAAUUGUAUUUAUUUUAACAAAACAAUUUAUACUCUUUUUUAAUAAGAUUAUUUAAUUCAUAUUUUAUGUUUAUAAAUUAAUUUAUUAAUGUAUAUAUGUUUAUAAAUAAAUUUUAUGUUUUGCUGAAUCUGCCGUUAAUGCUAUUUCGAGCUCAUUUUCAUUAAGAAAUGAAAAAUAAUGAUUGCUUUUUAUUCCGGAAAUGCUCUUAAUGUUAGCCCAUCUCUCCGAAAGAAAUGCAGUUGUAUUUUUUAUAUAUGUACUGCUUACAUAUAAAAUUGAAAUACCAUUUAUACUAAUUUUUACCAAUUUAAAAAAAUCAUGGGCGUUAUUAAGAACAAUAUUCUGAGCUUUCACCAUUUGCCAAAUUUUUCUCUUCAUGACAGCUCCAAUUCCGUCUACUGCACCCUUUCCGUGAGCAGUUGCAAAAAAAUUCCAAAGUUGGUCAAAUCUAAUUUUUCUUUAAAAAACGGUUUAAUACUCAAAAUGAACUUGUUUUUAAAUUGACUUGCACAGCCAUCAGAAAAUAAAAAUAACUUCGAAAUAGCGUUUUGUUCUUUAAUAGCGGGAUUCUGUAACCAGUCUCUAGUCUCUAUUUGAGUCAUUUUGAGGCAAAAUCUCAAUUUGUGACUAGUUACUAUUCACUAAACAGUCUCUAGCGUUAGUCUCAAAAUAUUGAGACCUGAGCCCGAAUCGCGGCAUUCGUGAUCGAGCGAGCUAUUGUAUCGAAACAAAUUUCGUGACGUUUCGAGUAGCCGGAUCGCCGCACUCGAUACGAAGCGAAUCUAAAUUAGCUCACUGUAACAGCCCUGGCCUUUCUACAAAUGGCAUUUACGAAGUGUCAAAUUGUGAAAUCAAAACAAAAGAAAUCAAAACAAAGAAACUUGUUGAAGCCGUGCUAUAUUUUUUAUUUAUAAAGGUGAAAUACUAUUGUUUUUCUCAAAAGUGAUGCAUUCAAUAAUUUUUUUAUAUUCGUCUUCGGAAUCUGAGGAAGAAAACGUGCAGCAAGUCAUAAGGAACCGAAUGCGAGACAAAAGCAAUCCCUUGGCAUUACCGGAGGCAGCGUAAGUAAUUAGAAUUGUGUACAAAUUAAUUUCAAUUGCCUACAUGUUUAUAUUUACAGCUUCAAGAAACGGUUCAGACUCUCUAAAAGUGCAUUUAACUACGUAUUGGCUGAACUCAAAUUUGAAGGGCAUUUGUCAACCGCAGUGGCACCAAUGAUUCAACUGGGAGCGACUUUGUCCCUUUUGGCCAGUGGUGGCUACCAGCACUUGGUAUGAAAUGACUUUUUGUAGGAAUAUGUCAAAGCACUAUUUGCAAAAUAAUAAAAAAUGUAGUCGGCGAAAUGGAAACAAAGUUGUGCCCCCAAUUUAUUAAAUUCGUGCCCGACAAUCUUUCGGAAUGCACGAAAUCGUUUGUUGAAAAAUACAAAAUUCCUGGAGUUAUUGGAUGUAUUGAUGGCACGCAUUUUGGGCUGCAAAAACCAACAGUAAAUGAGCACAUGUUCUUCAACAGGAAAGGAUACCAUAGCCUCAACUCAAUGAUAAUAUGUGACCAUGAAAACCGCAUUUUGGCCAUUGACUCAAAGUAUGGUGGAGCCGCACACGAUUCCUUUGUGUGGAAGCAUUCGGCACAACGAAAGUUUUUGGAGGAGCAAUUUAACUAAAAUAACUUCAAAAAUGUUUGGCUUUAGGAGAUACGGGUUAUCCCUUGGAGCCGUGGUGUUUAACACCAUUCAGGAACCCUGAAGAAGGGUCUACUCAAGCUCGGUUCAAUGAGGCUCAUUCUAAAGCUCGCUGUGUGGUUGAAAGAACUAUUGGUAUCCUAAAGGGCCGUUGGAAAAUUCUAAGCAAUGACAAGAGAAGCCGUUACCAACCUGAAAAAAUGGCACAAUUCGGGAACGUAUGUGCAGCGUUGCAUAACAUUUGCAUACAUUUCAAAGAUGCGUCGUAUUGCAGACAUUAUGCAAGUGAAGCUAUUGACACAGAAGUGGAUAUAGGAAACGAAACUCAUUUAAGCAAAAUUGGACACAAAAUUCGAAACCAUAUAAUGUUGGCGCUAGAAAAUACAAUUUGAAUAAAACAAUUGUAUGUACGUUUA